AUGCCUAACCGGCAAAAGAGGCCGAGGGCCGAGACACGGUGUGGAUGCCCUGCAAGGAUGCUACUCAGCAUGGACGAUGAAUCAGGACGUUGGCACGUUGCGUUCUUUUCAGACGCGCAUAACCACCACGUUCUUGAGUUGCGAUUUUCUUCCAUGCUCCCGGGCCAUCGGAAGAUGAGCGAAGCGGACAUCGAGCAGAUGAACGACAUGCGUAAAGGGGGCAUUGGCGUCUCCCGAAUCCACAAUUUUAUGGCGAGCCUGGCCAGCGGGUAUCAUAAUGCCCCGUACACAACAAGGAACAUGCACAAUGUAAAUGCGAAGCAACGAAUGGAGGGUGGCCUAGAUGCGGAAUCGUGCCUAAGGUAUCUCCAAGAGUGCAAGGCAAAUGAUCCAGCACUGUACUACAAGGAAGUUGUUGACGUAUUCUCCGGUGUGAAUCACCACAACCAAACGGUUGUCUUUGCCACUGCACUGGUGACAGACGAGAAAGAAGAGACCUAUGUCUGGCUGCUUCAGCAGUUGCAAACUUCAAUGAAAGGGAAGGCUCCCGUGUCCAUAAUAACCGACGGUGACAAGCAAAUGAAGUCUGCGAUCGAGCAAAGAAAGUGGUUUGAGAUGGUUGAGAAAUUUGGCGUGGCCGAUAAAAGAUGGGUACAGGACAUGUACGAGAAAAGGCACAGUUGGGCCACAGCACACAUACGGGGAAAGUUCUUUGCCGGAUUUCGAACAACAUCAAGGUGCGAGGGCUUGCACGCUAUGAUAUCACGGGCCUGUGCAAUGAGGGUGGUUGACUCUGAAGACAACGGUUCCUAUUUUAUUCACACCGUCUCUCGAUACGGCACUCCGGGGAAGGAGUGGCGUGUUGUUGCAACGUCUGAUACAAGGGAGGUCCGAUGCACGUGCAUGAGAAUGGAAUGUUUCGGGGUCCCCUAUGAACAUAUAAUUGCGGUGCUUAUUCUUAACAAUGUUCAUGAGAUCCCAAGGUCUCUGAUAUUACCGAGAUGGACUAAGGAUGCAAAACUUGUGGUGAUGCAGUCGAUGGGCGUGAUUUGGGAUUCUGUACAACUGACGCAACACUGGUGCCUGAUGGAUUGGUACCGAAAAGUGUGCAAGAUUACAUGUCACAGCAUCGAAAAGUUCCAGUUUGCAAGAGACAUUGCCGUGCUGAUGCUGAAGCACUUCGAGAACGAAGAUGCAGGGAACACCAGUUUUCCACACGAGGGGCCACCUACUGAGGGUGGCAGACCCCCGGCACGGAAUCCACCCAAGCGCAAUACAAAGGGUAACGGUGCUCAUGGUGGAAAGAAGACCCAGCGAUGUCGUUUGUGCCGGGAGGUGGGACACAACAGGACAACGUGUCCGGAGCGUCGUACAAUGGAACCAUCCAGCGCAGUUGCAGAAGACAUGGAUUCGAUGGACAAUGACAUGGUCUAUGAUAACCUAUCCGGCGAUCUGUAUGCGACCGCGGAGAUUCCUUCGUUCCAAUGCUCCGAUAGUGACACGCAGGCUGGGUUUGCUAACAGCAACUUUGCUGGGACCAACACGUCCGGGCCAGUCAUGUCUCUCGCCGAUUGA